UUAUAAUAUACCCGUAUUAACUGUUUUAAUUUGCAUUUACCAUCAACUGCCAUAAAAUGUCUUGUGAAAAUCAAACUAAAAAACGAGUAAAUUAUACAGCUGAAGAGAGAAGGGAUUUGAUGGAAAUUCUUAGUAGGUAUCCUAUGCUUACUGGAAAAGCCACAGAUAACAAGGUGAUAGCUGUUAAGAGGUCUGCAUGGGAAAAAGUGACCAAAGAAUUUAAUAGUAUAGAUGGUCACUUAAUAGAGAGGACAACAGAUCAACUCAAAAAACUUUGGGAAAAUAAGAAAAACGAGUAUAAGAAAAAACUCGUUCAAACCAAAGAGAAAAUUCGUGGUACAGGUGGUGGUCCAUAUAGUAUUGAAACUAUUAAUGAAGAUCCUCAUCUUGAACUUCUUAUGGACACUGUAGAUAUAGAAUUACAAUCUGCUAAAGAUUGUGAUAGAAUAAAUGAAGAAGUGAUGAUGAAACCUGUAUUAGACACAUCUGUAAGAAUAAUAGAAGUGGGAGAAGGAGAUAUAUUACUUGAUGAGGAUGAGACAACUAAUCAGCUAGAAUAUGAAAUUGUAAAGAAAACAACUGCUGAAGUAGCAGAAUUUCAAGCUAUAACUCAGAGCAGGAAGAGAAAAGCAGAAAAGUCUACUCUGGAAAAGUCAAGAGGAGCAUUAGUACAAAAUGCAAUGAAUGAGAGGAAAAGGAUGAUGGAUAUUGAACAUCAAUGGAAAAAGGAAGAGCAUAACCUAAGAAUGCUAAUGUUACAAGCUAAAUUAGAAGCAUACAAAGCAAAAAGAAUGCAUUAUGAAAAAAAAUAGUACUCUGCAU